AUGACCAUCUCGUUUCCUCACACUCAUCAACACCAUCAACACCAUCAACAAUGCACGACGACGACCACAACACUCAAAACCGAUCCACGUCAUCAUCCAUUCCACGAGUAUCAUUCUUCCUCCGAUGACGACAAUGACGACGAAAACUCUGCCACUCAUUCACCCUAUCUCAACUCUCUCGAAUAUUCGGAACAACAAAAAAAGUUUUUCACUCACGAAUGUCUUCGAUACGGAGAUUACAUUUCCCUCUUCACAUCGAGCGGAGGUGGAGCAUCCUCGGAGAGUACGGUUGGUUUUUUGAGUGUCGAUGGAAUUAAUUUAACAUGUCAAAUCGAGGGAAAUACAAAACAAAUUCGUUGUGGACUCACUGAAACCACAGAUAUUUCAAUUUUAAAUUCCACCAAAAGUGGAUCACAACAACAACAACCGCAACCACACAACACUCAACCAUUACCACCCAUUUACAUGAUUCCAAAUUUUCAACAAUGUAUCUUUCAAGUUCAUUUCGCAAAGAGUUAUUCAGCCAUUAAAAAGUAUCAUCAUUAUGUGAAUGAAUUGGAAAUUAAAAUGGCGAAUAAGAAGAAUCCACCGACGAGCAUGACGACUCCUCCAUCAACCACUACUGGAACUGUCAAAGUAACAGCCAUGAAAACGAAAAAGUUGUUCACAAAUAUUGUUCAUGAAAGUAAUGAGUUGGCUCAAUUGAAACAACGUAUGGAACGUGAAAUUCAACAAAAUGAAUUGGAAGCUGCUCGUCAUGUUGGGCAACCUGUAUAUUAUGGAUCUACCAUUCAAUUAUUUCAUGUACAGACACAAAGUUAUUUGACUGUUGCAAGAGAAUCUGCAGAAAUGCAAAAAGAUUGUUUGAGAUUGUCACUGGAUCAGGAUGGAUCAAAAUAUUCACACUUUUCAUUGUUACCAUAUUUUAAUUAUCAAAAAGAUGGUGAUGUUGUGAAAUUAUCUGACAAGUUCCGUAUUUGGAAUAGAAAAUCUGGACAAUUUUUGCAAUUUUCAUAUUAUCGAUACAGUAACGUGGCAGACAUGACACCAUUUUCAGGAAUUUCCACAAAAACAAGUUCAGAUAAUUAUUCACAAAUUGCCAAGGAAGCUGUGAAAUCAAAUUCCAAUCUUAAAAAGUAUUCGUAUGACAAUAGACGUGAAGUGAACAUGUCAGCUUCAAGCGCCUUCUCACAUUGGCAUUUGAGAGUUUUCUCACCGUAUUCUGAAUAUUUACAAGAUGCGAAACAUGUCAAGGCAGGAGAUAUUAUUCGAAUUUAUCACAAAGAAUUCGAUGGUUUUUUAACUGUGAACGAAAAAACAGGACGUGUGAAAUUCAAAAAGAGAGCUCAAUUCAUGUUGAAGAGUGAACACAAUGAUUCUUCGGCCAUGAUGGAAAGUUCUUUGAUGAAGUCAGGAUUCUCUUCCACAUCUUCAUUUUCAUCCUCCUCUGUCAUGAAAGGAUCUUUUCAUGCCGGUGCUAAAGAUUUAUUUUCACAAAGCAGCGCUUCAGGUUUUGCACCAAUGGGAAGCCAUCGUGACGGCCGUAGUCAAGGUUCACAAUUUGGAGUUUUAGGUUCUCAAUCCUCCUCUUCAAGUAGCAAAAGUGGAGAUGAAAACACCAUUUCAUCCUCAGUCGAUCAACAAAUAUCUUGUCAAAGUUUAUGGCAAAUUGAAAUGUUAGACUCAACAAAAGGUGGAAUUGUGAGAAGAAAUUUUGUGUUUCGAAUCAGACAUGUCAGUACUGGAUAUUAUCUCAUGUUAAAACCUAGUUCUGAACAAGAAGAUCUUCGAGAGGAAGAAUUUGAAGAGAAUGAGGUUUCUGAAACCAACAUUUCCUUCCUAUCUUCAACACUUCACAAUAGUUCUAUUCAUGAUUUUACAAGUCAAAAUUCCAUUUCAGGAAGCACCACAGGAAUCUCACAAACCACGUCACCUGCUUCAAGCAGUACUACAAGUAGUAGUACUACACGGAAAGUUAAAUCUUCUUCUCUCAUCAAACAACCAAAACGAGAAUUAACAUGGAGCAUGCAUGUUGAACCACAAGAAAAUUGUCACGACAUUAUGAACAUGUUAUUCAUUGUUCAAGAUGCCAUGUUGUCCAAUGACAUUUCUGCACUCUCUUGGAAUGGUCAAUUUAGAAUCAAGCAUUAUCAAAGUGGCACAUGGCUGCAUGCAUUAUUUUCUCAAAAACAAUUUUCAACAACAGGAAGUGGCGAUAAGGAAUUAGCGACUCUUUCUAGAGCUCAAUAUUCUCCAGUGUAUUCAGUACCAACAUUGAAAGAACAAGAUGUUCUGACAUGUUUUCCUGCACGUCGAGAGGACUAUGAGGAUCUUUUUACAGCACAAAGUUACAUUCCCAUUCUCAAAUACAUUCUCUCGAAAUUGAAUGACCGUACCAUCACACGAAGCGACGUCAAGACGUACAUUAAUUUAAUUUCUAGUUGUAUCAGAUUCUGUACAACGAGUGAUGAGACAGAUCCCCUCUUGAGAGGUGGUAUUCCAAACAAAUAUCAUCAACAAUUAAUGCGAGAAAAAGGAAUUAUAGCACUCGUCAUGGAAAUUUUGAAUACGCUCAUUUCACACAAAUAUCUCACAUUGGAAGAUAUGACACUCCUAGCUGAAAAUCCAGAAAAACAAGAUUACUAUGAUGUAUUGCAAUAUUCCUAUCGUUUCAUUAGACAAGCUGUGUUGAUGAAUGAAGUGAACGGUCUCUACAUGGCUCAAUAUAUCAACUUUAUUCAAUCGACUAUAGAGUACAGCAUUAGUUCCAGUGAGGCACUGCUUCAAAUUCUUUCCAAUAAUUUUGCACUUCUCAACAAAAUUACCGAAGACCAAAUUGAUUUUUUCAUGACGCUACUUUUCAAGGGUGCGCAAGGAGGCAGUUCAAGCAAAACAAGUAAUUUUCCGACACGAUAUCAAACGAAUGUGGGUGGUUAUCUCAAGAAGGCAGUAUAUUUGUCCUUCUUGACAAGCUUAAUUAUUUGUGAGGGAAAAACAGUUGUGAAAAAUCAAAAGUACAUUUCGAAUUUACUUCUCGCUACGUACAAGGAACAAAUGAAUAAGGUAUUUCUCCUUCCCCGUAUUCGAAAAUCAGAUAAUAAGGUCGUGAUAGAUAUUAAUCAUGAUGAAAUGGAUUUGGUGAGCUUUACAAAAUCAGCGACCGAUACAGAGUAUGUGAAUUAUUCCAAAGCGAACUUUGAACUACUUGUGUUCUUCCAAGAAGAAAUCAGAUUAUUUGCUGCACUUUGCAGUGGUAGCAGUGAGUCAACAGAGUUAACGAGAAAUGCUGUUGUUCAAUUAUUUACCUAUGACAUUGUACACAAAUGUUUACAAGAGCCAAAUUUAACACCUGCUCUCAGAACAUCCUUUGUGAAUUUAUUACUUCACAGUUUUGUGGAUACUGAAAAAAGAGAACGACGAAUUUUGGUGGAUCUCACUCGAAAGAGUGAAUCUCUUUAUGGUAAAACACCACAUGACCACACCUCACGAGAAUUGGCAGAAGUGAAAGACUUUUUAAGCGCCUAUUUCAAGCAAAAUGCAAUUCUUGACAUGGGUUUAGAUUUUAAAGAUGCAAACAAUUUCACAUUGUCACUGGUCCAAUUGUGUAGAAGCAUGUUAGAAUUUGGAAUUUACACAUUGAAAGAUUUCGAAGAUAGUGACUUGUUAAUUUCUCUGUUUGACAUUUUACGUUCAGAUAAUGAUAAGAGAAAUGGAGUUUUAUUGAAAGAUGAAGAGAGAUUCAAACAUUCUGAAGAAAACGAGUCCAUCAUUAACAUCAAAAUUGAGAUUGCAAAAAUUUUCCACAUGCUUCUCGAUUUAACCUUGGAUAAGAGAAUUACCAAAUUCCUUCAAUUCUUUUGGAUGAAAUAUCGUGUCGAAGACGUGAAAACUGUGCUGGCAGAUGAAGAAAAUUCAGAGCCAACCAACGACAAGCAAAAACAACAACUCUACAAUUUGAGAAAGAAGGAAAUUUUGAAAGUAUUCCAAGAAAUGGAACAAAAGGAACAUCAAGUGCUAACUGAUAUUUUCAAGAAUGUUCUUCCAUUUGACAAGAUGGGAAAUUUUGAUUUGAAAUUGUUGAAUUUGACAAGUUAUGAAAAUCAAGAACUUGCCACCACUUGUCUCAGAUUAUUAAUUCGAAAAUUUAGAGCUGCAGAUGAAUUGGCGGCUGCUUUACCAAAAGUUGAGUUAAUUGUUUCAAAAGAAAUGGCCUUAACAUAUGAUCAUCUUAGAAAGCAGACCAACGAUUUGAGAAGUAUCUUUGGAUAUGGAAGAAGUAAUUACUUGGGAGCUCGCCACAUCAGUGACUAUGAAGUUAAAAAAGCCAUGAGAGCUCUUGAUGAAAUUCUCAAAGAUAUGGCAAUCAACGAAAAGAGAAGUCAAAGAAUUAUUAGAAAUUUGGGACUCUUUGAAAUUGCACUCUCUGUAUUGAGAAAUGAAUGGAUGGUCACAAACGAAAUCAAAGAAAGUUGUCUCAAAGUGUUAACUGAAUUUGUAAAAGAGAAUCCAGAAAACCAGAAAUUACUCUUCCCUUAUAUGGAAUUUUUCAUGAGAAUGAUCACAGAACACAAAAAACUGAGCAAGUCCGUUGUCAUUUUAAUGUGUGAAUGUGUGAGAAAUAAUAGAGCAUUAUGUAGCACUAUUGAAGAGAAGCACAUUGAGCAAUACAUUGAUCUCAUUGCAGAGCAGAGAAGUGCUUUCAUGUUACUCUUUCUGAGAACCAUUCUGUCCACACACAAUGGAAAUCCAAUCAAGAGAAAUCAAUCACUCAUUACAAAAUAUUUACUUGAAAGAAAGAAAGAUGUUGUGAUUUUAUUCAAAGACGAAGAAGGAAUGAGAGAACGAAAUAAUCGCAUUUCAAAAGAGGAACACAAAACAGAACCCGAAGGAAUUUUAAAUUAUCACAUUGCAUUGUUGCACUUGUUGGCUACAGCUGCAGAUGGUAAAAAUCGUGAAAGUGAACAGCGACUUCAAACUCUCUUUACAUUGGAAGAGUUAUUGGAACAAGUUAUUUCUCCAUUUACGUUACCAAUGAUUCGAAAUCCACUUGUGAAAAUUAUUAAUGAAGUUUAUGUAAAUGUUGAGAAAGUGACAGAAGUGAGUGGCGGAAACGCAGAUCAAGAAAAGAAGUCUACCAUUAACAUUCAUCAUCCCUUAAUGUACAAAAUGUUUUCGAAAAUGAUUCGAGAAUUUGAAUUUGCAGAAAUGAGCGCAUUGGCACUGAAUAUUUCUGGAGGAGAACAUGUCACUCCACAAAAAUCACCCAAUGUCAUGUCGACAAGUUUGUUGGCCAACAAUAGAGCAUCAACGAAACCAUCAUCUGCCAUUAGACAAAGUCGAGCGCUUGCAGUGAACAUUCCCUCAGCACGACUUUCAUCAACUGGUCCAAUUCGUGCACAAAUUACAGACGAAGACCUCGAGAAGAAUUAUAUUGAUAAUUAUUACAUUUUUGAAAUUAUGAUUCCAGUCAUUCAUAAUUAUUUCCAUCUACAUUUCCCUCCUCCAAACGUCACAAAGGAACAAUUGGAUAUAGCUGAAGAUUUGUUGUUGAAAUUAAUUGAUUUACACAAGCAUACAGCGAAUCAGGAACAACGCGACAAGAUUUUCAAAUGUGUCACUGCCAUGUGGAAAAAGAGUAUGUCUUCCGAAAGUCAAGUAGCCAUUACAAAAUUUGUGACGGCAAAAUCUUCAAAAGCCAAAGUUAAUCGAACUCACAUUACACACGCCUAUGUGGUCGAGACGGAUGAAAUUAUUAACAAGACGUAUCGCAAAUAUUUGCAACGAAGAAUUAUUUCCAAGAUUUUGAGUACCAGCGAAUUCAGAAAAUUAGGAAAUCUCUAUGAAAAGUAUAAUGGCUUUGUGAAAGUUCUUGUGAGAAUUCUUCGUAAAUUGAAUGAUUCUGGAGCUUCGUAUGAUCAAUCUUUGCUCGAUGUUGGAUUAUUGGGUCUAGAGACGCUUAAAACCAUUGUUCACUCGCAAAACAAACGUUCCAAUGGUUCACCUAAAAAAAAGAAGAAAAAGUCAUCCAACGACGAGUUUCAACCUUUGGAUUAUGUUGAGAAGAAACUUCCAUUGGUGGUAAUGGAGUUACUGACCUCAGCAAAUCCUCUCAUUGUAAAAUCUGCUCUCGAACUUGGAAUUUUAAUUUUACGACAUGGUUACGGAGCUAUUCAAAAAGAGUUUUACAGAAUUUUAACAGAAACAGAUACUAGUUUCUUUUUCAUUUCAGUUCGAGAUCGACUUCGAUUGGCCAAGAAGGAAAUUAAAGAGAAAAAGAAUUAUCUCAAAAAAAAGAAGGAAAAGGAAUAUGCUCUCAACAAGGAACGACAACGAAAAGAAAUGAGCAAAGUGCGAGGAAAUAUAGUUGACAAUCAUGAUAGUGGUGACAGUUCUAAUAUAAAUUCAUCAUCAUCCGAUCAAGAGGAAGGAAAUGAAGAAUUUAUUGAAGUAGGUCAUGUCGAAUUGUUAUUGGAAUUUUUAAGACUCCUCUGUGAAGGUCACAAUCUUGAAAUGCAAACCAUUCUGCUUCAUCAACCAAACAAUACCUUCACUGUGAACGUUAUUCAUGAAAGUAUGGAAUAUUUAGUGGCAUUGGAAAAGAAAAUUGAUUUUGAUAACAUUCAAAUAGCCAUUCAAGGUUUCAGAACUUUCACAGAAUUUGUUCAAGGACCUGCAGCUGUGAUUCAACAAAUGUUGGGAACUUCACCAAGAUUUUACUCUCGAUUGGUGAAUGAAAUUCUUUCAAAAACAUAUGAAGAUGGAAAUUUAUUGAAACAACAAGAAGUUAUUUUGAAAAAAGAAGUGGUCCUGACCUUGACAAGUUUAAUAGAAGGAAGUAACACUCAAAAUUUAUUGGAAAUUAUGAGAAAUUCUCUCAAUUUAGAGGAAUUGGAAUAUUUAUUGUUGUUCUCUGCAAGAUUGUUGCGAUCGUUACAAGCUGAUUCCCAUCACGAUCGUGCCACCGAUGAAGUCGAUGAAGUCGUUCAACGAUUACGAAAAGAUUUUGACACUCAUUUCCUGUAUGAAGCCACACGUGACAAGUUAAAUCCAGUCGUUGUCGAAGAUUACAUUAGUGCCGUCUUUCCAAUGAUUCGAGACGCCUAUGAAGAAUUGGGCAUGCAAAUUUUCUUUUUAAUGAAUAUUUUCAAAGACGCUGAAAGACAACAAUUACGAAUUCUCUCUCGAAACACUUUUAUCGAAGAAACCAAAACUCUCAAAAUUACCAACUUUUUAAAUUUACAUCAAGAUUUAUUGAGUAUCUUUUCCAAACAUACAGGAAGUAUUGAAGUAUUGAGAAAUAAUAAUAUUGAAAAGGUUUAUUUCCCCAUUCCAAGAAUUUGUCACAAUUUGAUGGAUCAAGCACGUCAUCAUUACGUUCAUUCACUUCCAAUGAUGACUCCUGAAGAAAAAGUGAGACAGCUCUAUAACGAUACAUUUAGUCGAUUUUAUGUCGAAAUGAAACAUUAUGAAUCUAUGAGAAGGAAGAAACAAUCUCUCUUUGGUGUGAAAAACAACAUUGAACAAGUGACGAAUUUGGAGGACGACCAUAUUCAUUCAUCUCCACUCGCAAUGACAAGUGACACCAUUCCUGGUUCAUUCACAAGCAAUGUUAGUGACCACAACAAUUCCUCACUCUCAUUAUUCGACACAAAUUCCUCAUUAAUUCCAUCCAUUCAUGACAUUCGAUGUGCUCCAAAAUCCAAACGUAAAAAAUUUGUUCCUCAUUCUGCUCACAGCAAUGAAACUUCUGCAAGUUAUGAAUUUAUUGCACAUUUUUGGGAAUAUUUGCGACUUUCUUCGUUUAUUUUCUGUGUGGUCAUUAAUAUUGUCCUAUUAGGAACCUAUAAGAGAUUAUAUUCAGUGGAUACUGCAAGUGAUAUUCCAGUUCCUGGAGAUUUGACAUUUGACAUACUCAAUGCUCCAAAAUAUCCAUUGCCAAGAACACUUGCUGGUGAUAUUAUCAUGACCAUUGUUGGUGCGAUUCAAUUGAUUAUUACAGCAACAUUGAGUGUGACGUAUUUGAAAUUUUUUGUCACACUCGAAGUGAAGAAACGAUUCAAAUUGAAGAAACGAGAAACGUGGGACAGUAUUCCUCGAAAUCGACAAUUUUAUUGGAAAUUCUUUUUAUACAUCUUACGAGAUAUGCAAUUGUGGUUUUUUGUGAUUUAUUUCAUGUUGAGUAUGAUGGGAUUGUUAAUUUCUCCACUCGUUUAUAGUAUUCAACUGUUUGAAAUUGUUUUUAGAUUUAAAUCAUUGACUGACGUGUUGAAUGCUGUCAUUUCGAAUGGAAAGAAAUUAUUCUUUGCUGGAAUGUUAUUAUUGAUUGCCAUGUUCUUCUUUGGAUUACUCUACUUCUCAUGGUACAGUCAUGAUUUUAUGACGGUUGUGACCAAACUCGAUACGUGUGACACAGUUUUGGCAUGUUUUGUUUCAACCUUUGAUUAUGGAUUUAGAUCAGAGGCGUCAUGGGAGAAUAUUUUUGCACCGGAUCCUGGUGUUGGAAGAGCUAUUUUGGAUUUGAGUUUUACAUUGAUUGUUAUUGUGUUUUUAACGAACGUUGUGUUUGGUACCAUUCUCGAUUCAUUCCAACAAUUGAGAAAAGCACGAGAAGAACGAAAGAAGGAAAUUACUGAAAAAUGUUUUGUCUGUGCUUUGGAAAAGAGUAAAUUUGACACCAAAGCCAAUGAAGGAAUUACCUUUGAGAAACAUAUUAAGGAAGAGCAUUAUUUGUGGAAUUAUGUUUACUUUUUAAUUUACUUGUAUGAAAAACCAGAAACUGAAUAUACUGGAACAGAAAGUUAUAUUUUUCAAAAAUGUGAAGACAAUGAUGACGUGACAAGUUUCUUCCCAAUCUUUAGAUCCAAGACGAUUGAAGAAAGUGAUCAGAAUCAUCUUUCUACAGCUCUACAACAAAUUAAGGAAAAUCAUUAA